AUGCGGGCUUUUGUUAAAUUGAAUUUUGCGGUCAAAUUCCUGGUCGUGGCGUUCAGUUCAGUGGCUCUCGUCUACGAGACAUCAGAGUUGGCGACCCUUUACUACAAAUACCCGACUGUUGUGAACGUGAAGUUAGAGAAAGAGAUGGUCAUUGACUUGCCAUCGAUGACAAUCUGUGUCUCCAUGUUCUUCACGAGAAGCGUAUUGAAGGCAACGUUUGGCCAACAGAUGGCAAAGGAAUUGGAAGCGAUUGGCGCCACAAAAGACACCGACAAUAAGACAAUUGAAUUAAAUGAGAGCAAAAUAUACGAAAAGUAUUCGGAAUUAGCGUUAAAACAGUUCCCAAUCGAAAGCCUGUUUGCGAUGAGUCCUAAGGAAUCGCAUUUCAUUUCCUGUAAUCUCUCUCUUCCUCUUCUGGUGAGCUCUGAGCGCGGAUUUAACUGUCAGUCCGUAUCCAAAGUGAUCGAGACUUUUCAUUCAAACGGCAAAUGUUUCACAUACUUCUCACGGCUUAAUCAAAAUCUAGUCGAUCCCCGACUUUAUAAAGUAUCCCUCUAUCAGGACUUGAGAGCAUCGCUGGGGAGUAUUGCCAGCAUUCAAAUCAAAUUCCCUUUAGAAGAGUACCCUAAUUACCUGGAUAUAGCCCCGGCAUCCAUAUCCAUACAUCCGCCCAAUAUGUUGCCCAAUAACGGCAAAGUCCAUAAACUCAGACCAGGCUUUAAUUAUGACAUUUACUUCUCGAAGACGUUGUCGAAGUUAUUGCCGCCGCCUUACGAGACAAUGUGCACCAUAUAUCAGACCAAUGAUCCAAAUAAGCCUCAAUCCCGAGCAGACUGUGUCGACAAAUGCAUUGUCUCUGUUUGGAGCCAUUUAUGCAAUUGUACCCCAAAUCACAUCAGUGUUCGGCGAGACGUCCAUCACAUGAAGGACUACAUGUGCGGAAGGGAUGAGUCGGUGAACAAUAGCAUUGCGGGUGAAAUGAGAAAUGCAUGUUAUGAUCAAUGUUUGCCCGAUUGCGUCGAUGAAGAAUAUGACUUUGACGUCGAAGAGACUUCUCAUACGAGCGCCUCAUCGCCCGCACAGAGAGGAGCCAUCAAUUAUGGCGAACCGGCGCUUAAAUUAAGAAAAAUGCUCUUUUCUGACAUCAAUUUGAUCCGAAGAUUUUCCGGAGACGUCACAUACAAUCACUCACCGCAGAUGCCAUUCAUUGAAUUCAUUUGUUAUGUCGCUUCGCUCGCCAGCCUAUGGCUCGGACUAUCGGUGCUCACCAUUUAUGACUAUCUGACAAAGUUUUUGCUCCUAAUGUAUCGCAAUUACAAGCGAAUCAAUACUCAAAACAACACUCAAAUCCAACCCAAACUCAAUAAUGUAUUUGUCGUCUAA